AUUUAUUCAUCAAAGACUGUUGAUUUGAACUAUGUAUUUUAAGACCGAUCCAGAACAAAGAUGCAAUGGAAGUCGAUACUGGUUGGUCUCGUCGUACACAGACUGACUUUCAGUUGUCUACUAUGGCUAGCAUUUGGACUGGGACCUAGCUGGGGGUUCAACUUCCCCCUAAAUUUGAACAAAUUACAACUUUUCAAUGAGGAUGAUGGGACAUCCUCAAGUGACAAUUCAUGGUCACAACGAAUACACGGCCAUGGAGACGCACAAAGCAGGACCUCUUGUGCCAAACUUGGUGAAGAAAAUUCACCAAAGAAGUCGUCUUACCUUAGCCUCUUUGAAGGGGACAGGGAUGAGUAUGACAGGAGAUAUAGCUCCUUCCCGGACACACUCAAGUUAAAGAUGAAAGGCAUGGCCAAAGACAUGUUCUUCUUUGGAUAUGACAACUACAUGAAAUAUGCCUUUCCCGAAGAUGAGCUGAAUCCCAUUGACUGUCAAGGGAGAGGUCCCGACGUUCUCAACCCGUCAAACAUCAACAUCAAUGAUGUCUUGGGAAACUAUUCAUUGACACUCAUUGACACUCUAGACACACUACUGGUGCUGGGGAAUGUGUCAGAGUUCCAUAGAGCUGUGAAGUUGGUGAUAGACACGGUAUCUUUCGACAAGGACUCCACUGUGCAAGUGUUUGAGGCUAACAUCAGGAUCCUGGGUAGUCUGAUCUCUGCUCACAUCCUCCUGACUGACCCGAAGCAUCCCUUCGGUGACGUGGGCCUGGACGAUUAUGACAAUGAGCUACUACACUUGGCCCACGACCUGGCAGUCCGCCUGCUGCCAGCCUUUGAGAACACCAGCACAGGCAUCCCCCACCCCAGGGUGAACCUGAAGAGUGGUGUCUCUCCAGACAGCAUCAAUGAGACUUGCACAUCUGGGGCUGGCUCCCUGCUGGUGGAGUUUGGCAUUCUGAGCCGUCUGAUUGGAGACUCCACGUUUGAGUGGGUGGCCAGACGGGCUGUCCGAGCCCUGUGGAACCUGAGGAGCAACGAGACAGGCUUGCUAGGGAACGUGGUGAACAUUCAAACGGGACAGUGGGUUGGCAUGCAAAGUGGCCUGGGAGCAGGGAUGGACUCCUUCUACGAGUACCUGCUGAAGUCUUACAUCCUGUUUGGAGAGAAAGAGGACUACUUGAUGUUCCAAGCUUCGUAUGAGAGCAUCCAGAACCACCUGAGAAUGGGGAGGGAGUCAUGUAAUGAGGGAGAAGGGGACCCUCCACUCUACGUCAAUGUGAACAUGUUCAACGGCCAGAUCAUGAACACCUGGAUCGACUCCCUGCAAGCCUUCUUCCCUGGCCUCCUGGUGUUGAAUGGUGAUGUUGAGGAGGCCAUUUGCAUGCAUGCCUUCUACUAUGCCAUCUGGAAGCGCUUCGGGGCCCUGCCGGAGAGGUACAACUGGCAGCUACAGGCGCCCGACGUGCUCUUCUACCCCCUGAGGCCAGAACUGGUGGAGUCCACCUAUCUCCUCUACCAGGCAACGAAAAAUCCUUUCUAUUUGCACGUAGGAAUGGAUAUCCUUGAGAGCCUGGAAAAAAAUGCCAAAGUCAGGUGUGGGUAUGCCACUCUUCACCACGUGGUGGACAAGUCCAAAGAGGGUCGCAUGGAGAGCUUCUUUCUCAGCGAGACCUGCAAAUACCUUUACCUGCUGUUUGAUGACGACAACCCCUUGCACAAAUCAGAGAACAAGUACAUCUUCACCACAGAGGGCCAUGUGGUGCCUAUUGACGCACGCUUCCGGGAGAAGCAGUGGAAUGACCUGUUCCCCUGUGAGGAGGGAGUGGUGACAGACCAGGAGUCCUCCAACGGGUCAUUUUCUAUCAACAAUAGCAAUUGUGACAGGGUCUCUGAGGAGCGGAGGUACUCCCUGCCUUUGAAGAGUGUGUACAUGAGACAGAUCGAUCACAUGGUGGGACUGUUCUGAGGAGAGAUCACUGCUGUGUCUGUCCUCAGGUUGUAGACUCACUCACUCAGGCACAGCUUGUUGUGUGAAGAGGACAGAGGGGAAUAGACCCUUAUCGUCUCACCUCACCCUGCUCCUCUACCGCUCUGCUGCUCAGGACCAAGGUGGACAAUACUCUCUAGGACCUUUUUAAAAUAGCAUUUAAUUUUUUUUUUGUGGUAUUGUUUUAUAAUAUGCAUCACUUAGCGUUCAGAAGGGGAAGCUUAUUUUGGAAAGGACAAUCUUUUUUUUUUUUUCUCCAAUAAAAGGUUUGCUGGAAUCCUGUUCCACAACAUUUUGAAUGUGACUCAUUGGGUGUUUGGUGUCAUUAUAACUGGGAUGUUUGGUGUCAUUAUAACUAGGUGUUCUGAACAUACCGCCGAUCUGUGAACUAUUAUUGGGUUGAGGGAACAGUGCCAUCCAGAUACCUGCUUAAUGUCCACAGCAUAAUUUUAAGUGCAUUACGCAAAAAAAUAGAUAUACAGGGUGACUAGUGCCUCACUAGGAUUGUCACAGUUAUGUUUUCAACUGAUAACUCUUCUGAAGCCUCAGCUUCUGAGGCAUCCUGUUAUCUUUUUUUAAUUCAGUAUUAUUCAGGUAUCUGAGGUGAAUGUGUGAUAUAUGCAUCUCUAUCAUGCAAUUGUCUUGCAAUAGGCAGGUGGAUGUAUGUCAUUUUAUGUGCCAUGACAGUGAUAUUUACAGUCACAUGAACCAUUGUGCCUUAGUCUUUUUGGCUCCUUGUUAAUGCAGACGUGACACCUUGUUAAUGCAGACGUGACACCUUGUUAAUGCAGACGUGACACCUUGUUAAUGCAGACGUGACUUAAUAUAAAAGCCAAGAUGGUUGUGAUAAAGUGAAAUAAGUUAAUAACUUCCAUUCUGUGACCAGUCUAGAAGGUGGAAAUCAUUCCUUUUUAGUACAAUAUUAUUGACACUUCCCGUGGGUUUAAACAAAGCCAUAAAGUGUGUAAUGUUUUUUUUAAGGUUGUGUAAGAGUAUCAUGUCUGUAUUGAACCAUUAGGAAUUUCUAUUCCUAGUAUUCAUAUUCAAGGAAGGGCUAUUCAUGCGGAUAUACACCGGUUGUGCUGCUUUGUUUGUUCAUUUUGCUGUAUAUUCCAAAGAGUUAGUACACAGCAGUACAGGAUGUGUAUGUGGACGACCUUGUGCAAAUGGUCCUCCCUUAGCACCAUUAAGUCAAGGGAAGGUUGCCUAACAGACUAUGUCAAGUACCAGUAUGUGGGGAGGAAACUCAGGGAUUCUUUUUUGUGAUUGUCUUCUUGACAUCUUGUUUUGCCUCCGUCUUGUGACAAUUCUCAAUUUUUUUUGUCUUAGAUAAUCUAAUCAGGACUUAACUUUCUUCUCUCAGGUCAUCUUGAGUUUUAACUAAGUGGGCUUUUGACCUCUACAAUACUGUUCAGACAAUGCUGUAAGAAUGGUUUUCUCUUAAUGUCAGAAAAAUCUAUAAAAAAAAAAUAGUGUGAAAUAAAUGCCAAGUACAGAACGUGA